UCUCCUUCUCCAACUUCUUUCACUUCACUUCCACUUUCAUAGAUUAAUUACAUCAAUUUAAAUUCGGAAUGGCAUAAUACAGCAACUGGUAAUUGUUCAGUUGAUUCGCAGGGGGAAUAGAAUCGAUUCGUGUUUGGUUAUGAUCUCUGGCUAGUUGGAGAUGGAUCCUUCUACUAGGAGUAGUCAAGCAAGUGGUUUGCAGGUGAUUGCAUCUUCUGAUAAGACUCAUGAUAAAUGGAUGGCGUUUCAGUCCAAGCCUCGUGAUGGCGAUGGCGAUGGGGAUUCCAAGCUGAUAGCGGAGAGAACUGCCGAGUGGGGGCUUAUGGUCAAGACAGGUGUCGGUGAAGGUAGCUUCCACGCCAUCCCCAUUGGCUCGGGAGAAGGAGAUAAGGCUAGGAACUCGUCCGAGAGAGCGUCUGCAUCAGCACGUUCAUCCGGGGACUCUUCUUUCGGAACUGAACGUCCGAGGGCGUCUCAGGAGCUCAAGGAUGCCUUGGCUACUUUGCAACAGACAUUUGUCGUCUCGGAUGCGACAAAGAAGGAUUGCCCCAUUAUGUAUGCUAGCAGCGGAUUCUUCACAAUGACUGGCUACUCUUCUAAGGAGGUUAUCGGAAAGAAUUGCCGCUUCCUGCAGGGGCCGGAUACAGACCAGAACGAGGUGUCUAAGAUAAGGGAUGCAGCUCGGAACGGAACAAGCUAUUGUGGGAGGCUGCUGAACUACAAAAAGGAUGGCACCCCAUUCUGGAAUCUGUUGACAAUCACUCCAAUCAAAGAUGAUAAAGGAAAAACUAUCAAAUUUAUUGGAAUGCAGGUUGAGGUCAGCAAGUACACAGAAGGAGUGAAUGAUAAGGCAUUACGUCCAAAUGGACUACCGAAGUCAUUAAUUCGUUAUGAUGUUCGUCAAAAGGAAGAGGCUUUAGGUUCCAUCAUAGAAGUUGUGCAAACCGUGAAGGAUCCAAAAUCGCAAAUUUCAUCAAAUCCCAACUACAUGCUUCCUGGACUAGCUGAAAGUGAUACUAAAAGCACCCCAGGGAGACUUACCCCUCAACUGGAUAGAAAGAGUGGCUUGAGUCGUUCUGGUUCUCAUCAGGAGACGAACAAGUCCAGAAAGUCUACACGUCUUUCAUUGCUGGGUAGUAAAGGGAGGACUUCUAGCAAUGCAGGAAUGUUAGAAAAUCAGCAAGCUAUUGAGCCAGAGAUCCUAAUGACGAAUGAUUUUGAACGUACACCAAGUUGGGAACGAGCUGAAAGAGAGAGAGAUAUACGUCAGGGGAUUGACUUAGCAACAACAUUAGAACGCAUUGAGAAGAAUUUUGUGAUAACAGAUCCUAGACUCCCUGAUAAUCCUAUUAUAUUUGCUUCAGACAGCUUUCUUGAACUAACAGAGUUUACCCGUGAAGAAAUAUUGGGGAGGAAUUGCAGGUUUCUUCAGGGACCGGAAACUGACCAAGCUACGGUGCAAAAGAUAAGGGAUGCCAUCAAAGAACAAAGAGAAAUCACUGUUCAGUUGAUUAAUUACACAAAGACUGGGAAAAAAUUCUGGAACUUAUUUCACUUGCAGCCUAUGAAGGAUCACAAGGGUGAACUACAAUACUUUAUUGGUGUGCAACUAGAUGGCAGCGACCAUGUGGAACCGCUGAGGAACCGCCUCUCUGAAAGAACAGAACAACAGAGUGCUAAAUUGGUUAAAGCUACGGCAGAAAAUGUCGAUGAGGCUGUUCGGGAACUUCCUGAUGCCAACUCGAGACCAGAGGACCUGUGGGCUAUACAUUCUCAACCGGUACGGGCCAAACCACACAAAAGGGAUGGUAUUGCAUGGACAGCAAUAAAAAAGGUUACUGAAACUGGUGAAAAGAUCGGACUGGAUCACUUCAAGCCCAUACGUCCACUGGGAUGUGGAGAUACUGGCAGUGUUCAUUUGGUGGAACUGAUUGGUACUGGUCAACUGUUUGCCAUGAAAGCUAUGGAUAAAUCCAUGAUGCUAAAUCGUAAUAAGGUUCACCGUGCAUGCAUUGAAAGAGAAAUAAUCUCUCUCCUGGAUCAUCCGUUUCUUCCCACACUGUACUGCUCUUUUCAGACCCCUACGCACGUUUGCUUGAUAACAGAUUUUUGUCCUGGAGGAGAGUUAUUUGCAUUGCUUGACAAACAGCCAUUGAAAAUGUUUAGAGAGGAUUCCGCCAGGUUUUAUGCUGCUGAAGUCGUCAUUGGUUUGGAAUAUCUUCAUUGUUUAGGAAUAAUCUACCGGGACUUGAAACCAGAAAAUAUUCUUCUUCAAAAGGAUGGGCAUGUUGUGUUAGCUGACUUUGAUCUGUCACUUAAAACACCUUGUAGACCUCAAAUUAUCAAGCCUCCUCCACUAAAGAAAAGAAGUUCAAGGAGUCAACCACCUCCAAUUUUUUUCGCAGAACCAACUGCACAGUCAAAUUCUUUUGUCGGAACUGAAGAAUACAUUGCACCGGAAAUCAUUACUGGUGAAGGUCAUAGUAGUGCCAUUGAUUGGUGGGCUCUUGGUAUAUUGGUGUAUGAAAUGCUUUAUGGGCGUACACCGUUUAGGGGGAAGAACAGGCAGAAAACAUUCGCCAAUAUCCUGCACAAAGACCUCACCUUCCCAAGCAGCAUUCAGGUAACUCUCCCAGCAAAGCAAUUGGUUCAUGCACUGUUGAAUCGUGAUCCAGACAGUCGUCUAGGAUCAAAUGGCGGUGCAAAUGAGAUCAAGGAACACCCUUUCUUCAAAGGAAUAAACUGGCCUCUCAUCCGAUGCAUGAGCCCCCCACCUCUCGAUGCACCUCUUGAGAUAAUCGGGAAAGAAGAUGCAAAAGAUGUAAACUGGACAGACGAGGGAGUUCUCGUACAUCCUAUGGAAAUGUUCUAGAGUAUAGUAUUGUGGCGAGAUCUUCUUCAUCUGGAGACGAGACAAAGGACAGAGGUAGCAUGUUGUUGUACAGGAAAAACACACCAGAGAAUCAGAUCUCAGAUAAGAAGUUUAAUGUAGUAAUUUCCUUUAGUUAUCACUGUGUUUUGAUUAUUUUGUAUCUAGUGAGUUUCAACUUUGUUUGUUUGUUUUGUAUGAUGAUUAUGCAACUCUUAUCUUUGUAUCUAUCUGCACAUAUUUUACAGAUUCAUCAACUCAAGAAUAAAUUAUAACUAUUUUGUUA